GGAGGGGUUCUGUAAGUUCUGCCGCAGUGCCAGAGAAGUGAGUCAGGACUCGUCCAUGAAGACAGCGCUGUUUGCUGCUGCGGGCGUGGGCCUCGCUGGACUCACCUUCCUCCUGGUGCGCUAGCUAGCCUUCAUUAACACACCCUCAUCAAUGUUCUCUAUUCAUUUGGCACAAUUAGGUAGACAUUUCAAUUCUAACAUCAAGGCUGCAGAAACAGGCUUAAUCUUUAGUGAAUUCAGGGUCGUAAUCUCAUGUCAUCAACUGAAUGUUUGCACAUACUCGAACCCCACACACAUUAAUACUGACAUUUGGUCACUUGCUCCUUAAGAUUGUAAAAAUGAGUUCAAUGCCUUCAGACAUUUUGGAGUAGGUGGCAUCAGUUUGCUUAUCUUUAGACAGGAUAAUUACUAAAGCACAGGUUUCUGCACAGAACCGUCUUGAUUUCAUCGUUUUAUAUUUUCAGCUGUGCAGCUUAAAGACUUCAUUUCAAUUUUCACACAGCUUCUGGUUUUGGUUUUUAAAAUUGUCAGCUGCCUUUUUUUAUUCUCGUGUUUACCUGAGUUGUGUAUGUGGUAUGGAGCCAUUCUAGUGUACAAUGUAUAAAUUAAUAUAUUAUAUUUAUAUGAAAUGAAACUGUAAGCAGUGCCCCCAUUUUUCUAACUGAUCCACAGCUAAUUCAGUUGUUUCAUUGUUUUCAAGUCUGUUCAUUCAUGUGAAAUGUCUGAUUUACACAGGUCAUCAGAGCUGAGUAUAGCCCUGAUGACCACACAACGGUGCUAUGAUAUGUUGUUGUUUCUCAUAUCAGUCUAACAAACCAGGGACCAAUCUGACACAAAUAUUGUGCUAUUAGAACAAACCGUUGCUAUGGCAUUAUCCCCACAGAUCUCUGAAACAUUAUAUUUUUACAUUGUUUUGUUCUAUUUAUUUCUCAGUCUUUUUUUUUGUUUUGUUUUGUUUGUUUUUUUCUAAUAAAAAAAAAAAAGC